CUCUGGGCCCUGUUCGUACCGCGCCUGCGUGCGGGUGUCUGCCUUGCUCUCGCCAGCUGCGCAAUCUACUCUGAGUGCUACCUGACGACCUCGGUUGCUGGCAAGCUCCGGAAGCCGUGCCACUCCACUCGUCGCGAAGCUGCCUCCCUCUCGAUUGCCGCCCCGGUCUCCGCGCCUCGCCAUGGCCCAGGAGCCGGCGGGUCCGCCGGCGAACGAAUCGCUCGCCAGCGAUGGUAACGACGCCCCGACGCCCAACGCGUCCGGCGCCUCGCCCCCCUCGCGUGGGAGUCCCCCGGAACUUGCCAAACUCUUCCUCGGUGGCAGCGGCAAUGCGAGCCCCUCGCCGCAGCAGCCUCUCAUGCUGAAGUUUUCCAUUAGCCCGAGUUCCUCGGCUUCGGCUUCCCCGCACGUGCCCUCAAGUAGCGCACUUCCCUCCGGCCCGUCGCCCUCCUUGCCGGCCUCCGCAACCACCGCGCCCAGCUCGACGGAAACUUCGCCCGCCCUGGCCCCGACGCGGAUUCUCUCCUCGCGUGCCGCCCGAGCGCAGGCUCGCGAGGCCAUGCUCUUGGCUGCAGCCGGUCCGGCCCCUCGACAGGCCACUCCCAUCCUUGCGGACAGCGGGGCCCCUUUGCCGGUGGUUGUCCCGGCAGAACGGGCCUCUUCCCCGGUGACCGCUCCGGACUCCGGGGCUGCCUCUGCCCCCGAGCCGGCACCCGGCCCGGCUUCCAUGCCGGAGCACCCCACUCGAGCUACCCCGCCGGCCCAGACCCUUCCCGUGGCAGAAGCGGCCAAUGCCCCCGCUGCGGUGGUCUCCGUGACGAAUGUCGCCUCCCGGCCGGGAACUCCUCGUGCCACACGCCGGCGUAUCAUCCUGCCAGACCCCACCUCGCCGCGGAAUGCCUCUCCCACGCGUGCGUCCUUCCGGCUACGCCACCAGCGCCCGGGUAGCGAUGCCGCCAAUGGGGCCACUUCUGCCGACACCCCCGGGCCGGGCCCAGGUGGCAUCUCCUCAAUGGCUGGCGGGUCUGCCGGACCUGCUGCCCCGUCGGCAAUGGCGGCCGGGGCGCCUGCCGCAACCACCGGCCCGGGUGCCGAGGUGGCCGCCCCUUUCUCCCCUCACAUGUCCCUCUCAUCUUCGGGCUUGAGUUUGCCCGUGGGGGGGGCCUCGGCCUCGGUGGCCUUUUCGGCGAUCGCCCGGCUGGCUGGCCUGGACUCGGCCACCGGGCCGGCUGGCUCCAUCGAUCCCUCCACGCUUAAUACCACUGAACAGCUGGCCACCGCACUGAAGGCCAUCUCCUCCGGGUCCUUUAGUACGGUGCCCGAUCCGCAUGUUGUAGCCACCACGGUGGCGGCGGCCAUGGCAUGCGCCGGGUCCGGGAUUGGCGACUCGGCCGCCGCCGCCACCCCUGCCGGCGGGGUUGACCUCUUCCAUCCGGCGCCGCUGAAUUCCGUGGGUCGGAAUGAUCUUCGCCGGCUGCGCCAGCUGUGCGAGUCGCCGCAGUUGAUUGGCUCCUUCUUGAGCACAUUGUCCCUGGACCCGACUGUUGACCCGGCGCUUCGGAUCUACCGUGACAGUGCCGAGGUCCGGCGAAUCCUGGCGGAGAAUGCCCCAUCCGACACCUCGCGGGCGCUUGCGGCAGCGGACACCACUGCCGACGUGGCUGGUGCCCGGCGGCGCACCAGCAGCCGGGCCACCUCCGCUCUCAUCCAGACACCGGCAUCUUCCGACUCGGACUCCGACGAUCACCAUUCCAUGAAUAAUGAGUAUUGUGACUGCUGCCGUGGUCCGGGGACAUUCCUUUGUUGUGACCGCUGUCCCCGGUCUUUCCACUUUGUGUGUGCCAACCCGCCAGUCGAGCAAAGCGAAAUCCCCGAGGGAAACUGGUAUUGCAAUGCCUGCCUCGCCGAAAUGUUCCCUUUGCCAAAGCAACCACGCCCCGACCGCUUUGGCUUCAUCAAGAUGAUCGAGCGAAUUUACCCGCAAAACCCGACACCCUACUCGCUGCCAGACGGCAUUAAGUUCUUCUACUGCGGUGUCAAUGUGGACCCCUUGAGCGGGGCCUUCCGGGAUGACUAUGACCGGAAGGGGAAUUUCCGAAAUGGCGAGUGGAUUUCGCCAGAUGCAUCGUAUAACAACACAAUUGUCGUCGGGUCGGCGACACCUGCCGGGCAAUCGGCUGCCCGCGGGUCCGGCUACCUGACCACCUACUCCAGCCGGUCCUACGAUGCGGACCCCUCGUCCGGAGCGCCGUCAUUGCUACAUGUGGCGCAUCCUUCGCCCGCGCUGCCAUCUACUGGCGACCGGCACCCCGAGCAGCCGGAUCCCAGCUCGCCGGAACUGGCCCCCGGGGCCGGGGACGGCUCUUCAGACUCGGGCCUGUCGUCCAGCGGUGGCCUCUCCUCCGCUGCCACCACCACCUACAUCCAGAGCCUGACCGGGGCGGCGUCACACAGUGGGAAUGUCGGCCUGGCCUUUGGGCCCUCAUAUACCCGGUCGGCCGGGUAUCCAUGCUACGCAUGUCGGGAUUUCCGGCCGGACCGCUUGCAUUUGGUUUGCGAUGCCUGCGGUAGCCGCUGGCAUGCCGAGUGUCUGCCCCCGUUGGCAACCCUGCCCUCUGACACGACGCGCUGGCGCUGUCCACUCCAUGCAGCCACGGUGCUCUUGGCGUCGGAGGAUUCCGGCGGCCACGCCGGCGGCGCCGGAUCGUCCGUGGUCGUGCACAACACCAGCACCUAUCGACCUCGCAACCGCCUUUGUCCCCCGAUCGAGGGGUUCAUCGUGGUCCGGGGCGGCGGCAGUGGUGCCUCUGCCGCCGGGACGGGCGUCGGUCGAGCAGGCGCCGCACGCGAGCGUGCCAUCUCUCGCUGGUCACUUCCCUCCGGGGGGCCGGUGGUGGCGGCUGGCUUGGCCGCACGGGCUGGUCUCGGCGGCGGGUGCACCAUCGGCGAGCCGGCCUAUGGACUGGAGAUCAUUCAAGAUCUUCCGGCUGCCACGGCGGCCAUGUUUGACGGCCUCGAUCCUGGGCCCCUGGCCUUCUAUAAUCCCACUGGUGGGGGGAGCUCCGGGCGGCAACGGCGCCGUGGCUCCGGUCUGGCCACCCAGCACCUUACCUACUCGCAGGAUCUGCGCGUGCACCGACUGGCCGAGAGUGACAUCCGCAUGGCCUUCUUGGAGACAUUGCUGCGACGUGAAUCCGCGCGCCAGGAAAUCCACUCGUCUCUGGGCCGGGCAAAGCGCCCGGCCACCCAGGACCUCGGGUGUUUGGUUGUGCCGAGGGCCGUUUUCCGGUUGUACGAGCAAGCCAGAAAACGCCAACGCACCAGAGCCGCCGAUUUGGUUGCCGGAGAGGCGCCCGUCGCAUCUCCACCCGGUUCAAAUACCGACGGGGGGGAAGACAUCCUAGAGUCCCUGCUGGAGCUUCACGCAAGCGGCAACCCGUCCCCUCCCUCACCAAACCAAGAACCAGCUGGCGCCCCGGACGCGUAGUGGCACCUCCUUCCCCCCACGUGCGAGGUCCAGCUUCAACGCCAACUCCCCCGACUGUCGAACAAUAUACACAAACACACGCACACACAC